GUGGGGACCGCAGGGUGAGGUUUCCCAGGACUGAUUUCGAGAGCGCACCCGCUUAAGGAUGGCUGACAGCCCCGCUCCCGCCGAGCCGACUGCUUCGCAGGAACUCAAUGGCGACUUCAAAAAGCCGGCCCUGCCGGUGCCCCCGGCGGUGCGGGGCAAGUUCCCGGCCACCAGUCCUUCAGACCCUGAGGAGGUGAAGGAGAGGUCCACGGCACUGCUGGACCCAGACUCCGGGGAGCCUGACGCCCCUCCGGCUCAGCCGGAAAGUGCGGAGACCCGGGGUCCAGCGGAGGGGCAGCCGCGGCGCCCCACAGCGGCUCCUGCUCCUGACGGCGCGGCCCGGGCCCCCCCUUACCGAGAGCCGCCGUGGGCCGGCCCCGCCGCGGGCCCCUACAGCCUAGAGACCCUGAAGGGCGGCACGAUCCUCGGCACUCGUAGCUUGCAAGGGACCAGUUGCUGCCUUUUCGGGAGGCUGCCGAGCUGCGACGUGUGCCUGGAGCACCCGUCGGUGUCCCGGUUCCACGCCGUGCUGCAGCACGGGGCGUCCGGCCCCGACGGAGAACGCGACGGCCACGGGCCCGGCUUCUACCUCUACGAUCUGGGCAGCACUCACGGCACCUUUCUUAACAAAAGCCGCAUCCCGCCCCGCACCUAUUGUCGGGUCCAUGUCGGGCAUGUUCUUCGCUUCGGCUGCAGCACCCGGCUCUUUCUUCUUCAGGGACCAGAGGAAGACCGAGAGGCAGAAUCCGAGUUGACGGUAACGGAACUGAAGGAAUUGCGCAAGAAGCAACAAAUGAUGUUGGAGAAGAAGAUGCUAGGAGAAGACUCGGAUGAAGAUGAGGAAAUGGGUACCGCUGAGAGGAAGAGAGGCGCUAGUAGUCAGGAUGAUGAAAUGGGUUGCACCUGGGGAAUGGGAGAAGAUGCUGUAGAGGAUGAGGCUGAAGAGAACCCCAUUGUUUUAGAGUUUCAGCAGGAAAGGGAGGCCUUUUAUAUAAAGGACCCGAAAAAGGCUCUCCAAGGUUUUUUUGACCGAGAAGGAGAAGAAUUAGAGUAUGAAUUUGAUGAACAGGGACAUAGCACUUGGCUCUGCAGGGUGAGAUUACCUGUGGAUGAUUCAACUGGAAAACAACUGGUGGCUGAGGCCAUUCACUCAGGAAAGAAAAAGGAAGCAAUGAUCCAGUGCUCCCUGGAAGCUUGUCGAAUCCUUGAUACUUUGGGAUUGCUGCGGCAGGAGGCAGUAUCUCGGAAAAGGAAAGCAAAGAACUGGGAAGAUGAAGACUUUUAUGACAGUGAUGAUGACACAUUUCUUGAUCGGACUGGCCUGGUUGAGAAGAAGCGUCUGAACCGAAUGAAGAAGGCUGGGAAGAUCGAUGAGAAGCCAGAGACCUUUGAAUCGCUGGUUGCAAAGUUAAAUGAUGCUGAAAGGGAACUCUCUGACAUUUCUGACAGACUGAAAGCCUCAAGCAAAGCUCUGUCAGAGUCACCAUCUCAGGACUCUUUAGAUGCGUUCAUGUCGGAAAUGAAAUCAGGGAGUGCAUUAGAUGGUGUGUCCCGGAAGAAACUUCACCUGAGAACUUUUGAACUGAGGAAAGAACAACAGAGACUUAAAGGGUUGAUAAAAAUUGUAAAGCCAGCAGAGAUUCCAGAACUAAAAAAGACUGAAAGUCACGUUGUAGAUGCUGAAAACAAAGCUAAAAAGCUAACAUUGCCUCUCUUUGGUGCCAUGAAAGGAGGAAGCAAAUUCAAAUUAAAAACUGGGACAGUAGGGAAGUUACCCCCCAAGCGUCCUGAACUCCCUCCAGCUCUAAUGAAAAUGAAGGACGAGCCUGAAGAGGAGGAGGAGGAGGAGGAGGAGGAAGAGGAGGGGGAGGGAAAGAGCACCCUGGAGGCCGGAAGCUGUGGGCCAGAGCAGGACAGAGGCCCAGGAGCAGCAGUGCAGGAAGCGAGUCCUCCCACAGACCUCCCGUGUCCUGAAGAAACAGGACAGCCUGAAAACUGGUCUCAACUCAGCCAAGUAGAACAGAAUAAAGAUUAUCAACAGAUUAGUGAAACAGCUGCAUCACAUGAGGAACCCUCAGCAUCAAAGGAUGAAUUGAAGAAAAAGAAAGCUCCUGGUCCAGGCAAACUUCCACCAACAGUUUCCUCCAAAUAUCCAGACGAUGACCCAGACUACUGUGUGUGGGUCCCACCUGAAGGUCAAAGUGGAGAUGGCAGGACCCAUCUUAAUGACAAGUAUGGCUAUUGAUUGCUUCAGAACCCUAAAGGAAGACCUUGUGGACCAUGUGACAUGGGACAUUUAGGAUAACAUAUCAAGUUGAAUAUCCAGAGAAGGAAUUCAGAUGAUCAUUUGUAAAAUCUGGUGACUUGCCUUUUCUUCUAUACUGUUGGCUUCCUAAAUUUGUCUGUCCAUGACUUUGGUAUUUAUAUUUAAAUGUGUUUUGUGUAUGUAUGUAAAAAGGAACCAUAUAUUUUGAGAAUUAGUAAAGUAAGAGACAUGACUCUCUGUUAAAGCAA